CAGACACUCAUCAUGGAGUCCUUUUUGGUUUGAAUUAUUUCUGCGUUCAGUAUGAUGAUUUCAAUGUCAAACCAUCACACAAAUGUCAGAGCAAUGUCUCUAAGCUUAUAUUUCUUUUGUGAAAUUAUUUGACCUGAAAAAGCAAAAUGGGUAUAGUACUUUCUUGUUUGAAGUAUCAACCAGAAUUAAAUAUCGAUAUGGCACCGGUGGUCAGUAAAAAUUUGCCAUACGUUUGGGUUUGCGGACAACAAAAUACAGGGAAAAAGACGCAUGGCUCUUUAAUAAGGGAUCAGUUUGGAUUUGAGCAUAUUAGAAUUGCAGAUUUGUUACGUUUGGAGGCUACCAAGGAUACAGAAAGGGGUCAUGCGGUUAAAGAAUGUCUUAGAAAUAACAAAAAGGUUCAAGACAGCAUCGUGGUGGAAUUGUUAGCCCGGGCCAUGCUUCACUCGCGGACCGACAAGGGCUUCGUAAUCACCAACUUCCCACGUACUCCCAGACAAGCAGACCUCUUCGUUAAAGCUUUAUUCAGGGUUGACUUGGCCCUAUACUUCUACACGGACACCAACAGCCUGGUGGAACGGGCGAAGCAGAGGGCUGGUGGUGAGAAUUUUGACGAGGCUAAUGUGAGGAGGGAGAUCGCCUACGCCAACAGGGACAUAAAGGGCUGUUUGGGGAAGUAUUCAGAGAAGGUCGAGAAUAUAAAUACGAGUGGGCAACCAGAAGAAGUGUUCGAAAAAGUAGAGCAGGCCUUCUCUAAGAGGCUAAACCUGACCAUUCAACGUCCCAUCUGCACCGAAUCAGAUUAUGUUAGAAAUCCUGGAGAAACGAAGGCCUUCGACCAGCCAGAGACCGGAACCAGAAACUAUAUGAUAAGCUCUUACUAACAAGCUCAUUACUGUCAAAUCAACAGGGAAUGACUUUGUUAAUAAAGUUUUUACAAACUGAAUGAUAA